AACUGCGGGGGCGGGGCCAACGGGGGAAGUGCGGGACGUGGCGGCGGAGCGGAGGGCGGGACCGAGCGGAACCGAACGGAACCGAGCGGAACCAUGACCCGCGGGAACCAACGCGAGCUGGCGCGGCAGAAGAACCUGAAGAAGCAGAGCGACAACGGGAAGGGGAAACGGCGCGACGACGGGCUGUCCGCUGCCGCACGGAAACAGAGGGACUCGGAGAUAAUGCAGCAGAAACAGAAGAAGGAGGGCGCCAAGUAGCGGCGGGACCGCGGUAACGAGCGGCCACGAGCGACACCGAGCGAUGCCCCGCGGCCGCCCCGCCCGGCUCCAUUAAAGUAGCUGGUGCAGCCCUGCGG